CCCCAGCUUGUUGGUUCUUGUUCUCUUUCCCUUGAUCACCGACGCCGUCCACCCCGUGCUGGCUUGUGUCUACCUUCGUCGCGGUGACGGUCUACGGCCGUGCCGCUGAACGCAACGUCAUGCUCCUACGACUCGAUCUCGUCUUUGCUGGCACCGUCCUUCUGUUCGCUGCACUUGUCUGGGCUCGGAAUCGGGUAGCCGAUGACCGUAUACGGCGAGCAGGAGGCGCUCGCGCCCCGAUCUUGGCUGGCAACUUUUUCUCAGGUAUCUUGCCCGUUUCGUAUGUAGAUGAUCCGCCGGAGGGGUUCAAUGUUCUUGGCUCUCAGCCCGAGCUUGAUUUCAUGGGAUCGAGCUUUCACAGAAGCAGCCGCGAACCAAGGCCAAAGCUCCCGUCUAGGGCGAACGUUGAGCUGAUGAAACGACAGCAUCGUGGUUCUAUUUCAAUGUAGGCAAGAAUCAGCUUAGGAACAACUUACCAAAUUGGUGUGACCAAACACUGGACGCCUUGCCGGGCAGCCAGCACGCUGCCGAGUUCAGCUUGACGGGCAAGAAGAGGGUGCUUAUCACACGCGAGCCUGAGCAGAUCAAGGCUGUUCUCGCGACGAAAUUUGCCAGCUUCGGCCAUGGCUCGCAGUGGCACAAACUCUGGGGCCCAUUUCUCGGCGACGGCAUCUUCGCCACCGACGGCCAGCAAUGGCACAACAGUCGCAGCAUGAUCCGUCCCAUGUUUGCAAGAGAUAGGCUGCGCAACCUGACCAUAUUCGACUACUGUACGGACAAGCUACUCUCCAAGCUGCCACGCAACGGCGAGACAGUGGAUCUCAAGAACUUGUUCUACAGAUGGUCUCUAGACGCCGCGACAGAGUUUCUCCUGGGUGAAAACGUCAACAGCUUGGAUAACCCCGUACAUGGCGUUGCCAACGCGAUGACCACCGCCCAGCGAAUACAAAUGUUGAUUUUCGUCCUCAAUCCCAUCGCGCCACUAAUACCCAAGGGGGCCUACCUCAAAGCGAUCGGAUGCAUCGAGUCUUUCAUCGAACCUAUCAUUAGCCGGGCUUUGGCUCUUAGCGAGAAUGAGUUGGACGAGCUUUCCAAACUGGAUAUUGACUUUACGUUUCUUCAUAGCAUCGCGAGAUUUUCCAAGGAGCCAAAGGUCCUCCGUGAUGAGAUCAUGUCUGUGUUGCUGGCGGCAAGAGACACGACUGCCGCUACCAUGUCUUGGGCUGUGUACGAGCUGUCUAACUGCCCGGAUGCUUGGACGCAGCUACGACGAGAGGUCAUUGACGCGCUCGGGGUGGAGAAACGGCCGACUUACGAGACUCUGAAGAACCUAAAAAGCGUCAGAAACAUACUCAACGAGACGCUACGCUUGCAUCCAGUAGUUCCCCUCAACAUGCGUCAAGCUUUGGAGACGACGGCGAUUCCCGGCCCACCGGGUGAGCCAGAUGUCGUGCUACUCAAGGGCGAUACCGUCACGAUCAACACAUCAGGGUUACACAAGCGACGGGAUUUGUACCCUCCCACAUCGAAAACGUUCGCAGACCCUCUCACGUUCAGCCCGGACCGCUGGAAUCACUGGACACCACGGCCGUGGACAUAUCUUCCGUUCAGUGGAGGCCCGAGAAUAUGCGUUGGCCAAAACUUUGCCCUCACCGAGAUGGCGUAUUGCCUGGUGCGCUUGGCUCAACACUUCGAACGGAUCGCUUAUCGCGGAGACUGGGCCUCGCAGGCAACGCGGGCUGACAUUAUUGCGACGCCAGCAUUGGGGGUCCCCGUGGCCCUGUUUGAACCUUCGUCUCAGAACCAUUAAGUUUCUAAGCCUCGAAGAAGGAGUUGGACCUGGGGCUUGCUACGAAGCCAUCUUGGCCCGGCAGUCGCAGCCAUUGAAAGGUCAAGUCAGGCGCCGUACUGUCUACUACGGAGGAGGAUGUUCCUGGCUGAAGUUUUGUCCGUUGGAGGAGAUAUGCAUACCAUUGAGCUGGCUUGCAUCCUAUUUCCUAUGUGGGCGUCGAGAUCCGAAGGCAACGGGCAGAAGAAGGCGGGCGGAGAAUCCUCACCAAGUCCGGCAAAGAUACCGACCCUACGCGUUCAACAAAGGCGAUAUCACGGGUCUAUGAGUGCCUUGUAGUAACCAUGAACCUCCUGAGCCAUGCUCAAGGGGGCUGUUGAGCACAGUGUGCCGCCGUCAUGCACCUCCCACGAUCCGAUAUCCGUCAUCCGC